AUGCCGUCUCCUAUGAACGACCACAUAUUUCUAUUCGAAUUUAUGAACAAGAAAACGUCUCUCACAGCUCGGGAUAUUCACAUACGGCGUCUCUAUGAUGUUAUACAACUCUCCAUCCAUCGGGAUGAGUAUCUUAGAGCAAGGAGAGCGUUUGGCAUCCUCGCCCGAUGCAAGGAGAUCAAAUGGAAAGACCUAUGGAAGCUUGCUCUUUUAAUCCUCGCUGAUAGCGAGGAACUUACUACAUCUAAGGACGGAAGCUUCACGCGAUUAGAGUUCUUGCGCAUGAUGAUGUUGCAGCACCGAGAAGAUCGGGAAACCAUUUUCCAAGAACUGGUUCUACUAUUGGUUCUGACUGGAAGAUCUAAAGAAGCUCUGGACGAACUUCAAUUGUACCUUCCAUCCUUCCCAUACCAAGAUAAUCCUGUUCUGCAUGUGUAUGCAGGUCUUGUAUGCCUUGAUCUCGCUCAACCUCCACCUAUUAUCGAGCGAACAUCGAUUCAAGACAGGUCAAUUGGCCGAUCAUUUAACGAGAACCUUGUACGAGAAGCCCGCGGACAUUUCGAACGUGCUCUGGCACUAGAUCCCGACAACGUCGUCCCAUCAUCUUUCUUAGAAAAGCUCCCGCAGAUAACGCAACGGAUACACGACAGUGCUGUUGAAACUGAAACCGAGAAUGACUCAGAUGGCGGAAGAUCGAACACUGACGCCUUUGGAGGGGACCAACCGCGCAAACGCAUCCGGAGCUAAUGACGCUGGUAUAGAAGUAGCUCAAACAACCCUUCAUAAUUUCAGCGUUAGCUGAAUAAUGGCAUCUCCUCGUCUUCGUCAUCCUCCAGCACAGUCACAGGUAAAGUAACAGGCUGCGCCGUUGUGGCUUCCGGCUUUUGAUUGGAUCUAGUUUCUGUCAAUGUUGAACGAGAUAUAGCAUCGGGUACCUGUGAAGAGAAAUCGGAUUCGGAGCUGGAUGUCGGCAGUGUAGGCAAAGUGCUUGAUGGAACAGCUUUGGCAGCUGGUGUCGUCGAAGGCGUUUCAUUUUGCAACAUGGAAUAUGCUGGUUGUGUCGUCGACGUGAAAUCCAUAGACCGACUUUGACCGG